CAGUUGAAAUCAAACCAGUGACAGUGAUAAAAGCAAAAACUAGCAAUCAAAAGCAAAGUAAACGCUCGCGUAAAAAGUAAAUCGGAAAGUAUUGAUAGUCUAGUGUUUUAACAAGUGAAGUGAAGUUAAUCGAAAUGGCAAAGAAAGCUCCAGCAAUUGGUAUCGAUUUGGGCACCACGUACUCCUGUGUGGGUGUCUGGGAACAUGGAAAAGUAGAGAUCAUCGCCAACGACCAAGGAAACCGAACAACUCCUAGUUAUGUCGCCUUCACGGACACCGAGCGCCUUCUUGGAGACGCUGCCAAAAAUCAAGUGGCCAUGAAUCCAUCGAACACAGUCUUUGAUGCUAAAAGGUUGAUUGGUCGCAAAUACGACGACGAGAAAAUCCAACAAGACAUCAAACAUUGGCCAUUCAAAGUAAUCAGCGACAAUGGCAAGCCUAAAAUCCAAGUCGAAUACAAAGGAGAAAUCAAAAAGUUUGCUCCAGAAGAAAUUAGUUCCAUGGUCUUGACAAAAAUGAAAGAAACUGCAGAAGCAUACCUCGGUCAACCAAUAAGAGAGGCAGUUAUCACAGUCCCGGCAUAUUUUAAUGAUUCUCAAAGGCAGGCUACUAAAGAUGCUGGCGUCAUCGCAGGUUUGAAUGUCAUGAGGAUCAUCAACGAACCUACUGCAGCCGCUUUAGCAUAUGGACUCGAUAAGAACCUGAAAGGCGAAAAAAAUGUACUCAUCUUCGACUUGGGUGGUGGUACAUUUGAUGUUUCCAUCUUAACCAUUGAUGAAGGAUCAUUGUUUGAAGUAAGAGCUACCGCUGGUGAUACGCAUCUUGGAGGAGAAGACUUCGACAACAGGCUAGUCAAUCAUUUAGCAGAAGAAUUUAAGAGGAAGUUCAAAAAGGAUCUUCGUUCCAACCCCAGAGCUCUAAGAAGACUGAGAACAGCAGCUGAACGAGCCAAAAGGACUUUGUCAUCAAGCACCGAAGCCACCAUUGAAACUGAUGCUCUAUUUGAAGGCAUCGAUUUCUAUACUAAAGUCACGAGAGCAAGAUUUGAAGAACUAAAUGCCGAUUUGUUCAGAGGAACUCUUCAACCAGUUGAAAAAGCCCUUGCCGACGCUAAAAUGGACAAAGGCUCUAUUCAUGACAUCGUUUUAGUUGGUGGCUCAACAAGAAUACCAAAGAUUCAGCAACUUUUGCAAAACUUCUUCAAUGGAAAGCAGCUAAACUUAAGCAUCAAUCCAGAUGAAGCCGUGGCAUAUGGUGCAGCGGUACAGGCUGCAGUCCUUAAUGGAGAAACAGACAAUAAAAUCCAAGAUGUGCUACUUGUUGAUGUCACGCCUCUAUCCCUUGGUAUUGAAACAGCUGGUGGAGUGAUGACAAAAAUCAUAGAAAGAAAUGCAAGAAUCCCUUGCAAACAAUCACAAACAUUCACCACAUAUGCUGACAACCAACCAGCUGUCACUAUUCAAGUAUUUGAGGGUGAACGAGCAAUGACCAAGGACAACAAUCUUCUGGGAACAUUCAAUUUGACCGGCAUCCCUCCAGCGCCUCGUGGAGUUCCAAAAAUUGAUGUAACCUUCAAUUUGGAUGCCAACGGUAUUCUGAAUGUUUCGGCCAAAGAUACGAGCUCUGGCAACGAGCGGAAUAUUACCAUCAAGAACGAUAAAGGCCGUCUAUCUCAAGCUGACAUCGACAGGAUGCUCUCCGAAGCGGAAAGGUACAAAGAAGAAGAUGAGCAACAAAAACAAAAAGUGUCUGCUAGGAACCAGUUGGAAGCUUAUCUUUUCCAGUUAAAGCAAGCAGUACAAGACUAUGGGGACAAGCUCAGCUCUAAUGAGAAAGCUACAGUGGAGAGAGAGUGUGAAGAAGCUCUAAGAUGGUUGGACAGCAACACACUAGCUGAAAAGGAAGAAUUUGAGGACAAACAAAAGCAAGUGACUUCGGUAUGCAGUCCCAUAAUGGCCAAGCUUCAUGGAGGGGGCCAGCAGAGUAACUAUGGGGCCGGAAUGCCAGGCUGUGGACCACAAGCAGGUUUUGGUGGCGCCCAAUCAGGACCCACAAUUGACGAAGUUGACUAGAUUAUAUUUUGAAUUUUUUUAAUCUAAUUAGUUAGUUAAUAUUAGAAGUAAAUUAAUGAGUUAUUCUGGGUAAUAUUUAUGUGAUAUAUAUUUAUUGUGUUUAAUAAAAGAGAAUAUCAAAAAACAUU